UCAUAAAUAUAAAUUGUUAACCAUUAAACAUACAAUUCAAAUUUUUUAUUUUGUUCAUCGAUUAUCAAUCAACUAAUCAACAAGAUGAUUAAACAAGUUUUAUCAAUUCUCGUGAUGUUAACUGUUAUUUCAACAAUCAAGUCCGAACCAAGUCCCAAGAAUAUAUUAACAUUUAAUUGUCAGAAAAUGUUGGAAGAAAUUAAAAAUGGUUCAUUUGAAAAGAUCCAAAAGGAAUUAGAUACUUGUAGAGAACAAGCCAUACCCAAGGAUGUCUUAGCUGCGGUGAAUAAAUGUGGUGAUCAAUUGCCGAUGAAAUCUGCUGACCAAGUGGCCAAAAUUUGCGCUGAUAUUGACGGAAAUGUCGCUAAAUUUGAAGAGGUUCUCAAGUGUCAUGACCAAGCUCUUGGAAAAGAAAACUUGGUUAAAUUUAAGGAAUGCUGUAAGAAAUCAAGUGAAGGGAAUCGAAAGCCUCCACAAUGAGCUGGAAUUAUGAUUGGACUUUAAUUGUGAUUAGCGAUCAAUAUUUUGGUUCUAAGUUUUAUAAAAAUUUCUGUUUUUCUUUCAAUCAAAUUAAUUAACAAUAAAACGAUGUAAAUGAAGCAAUUAAA